AUGGCCACAAGACGCCCUCCCUCAUCUCGCUCAACAAAACCCCCACCGCAGCCAAUUCAGAGAUCGCGUUCAGCAUUGGCGAAACCCGCGUCGCGGCCUUCACCCCCGGAUGAUGGUUUGGAAGCUUCAGGUUCAAGAUUGGGCCAACGGAACGAGGAUUCAGAAACCAAUAUUCAAGUUGUCGUGCGAUGCAGGCGUCGAUCAGAGCGCGAGGUCCAGGAUAACUCCCCCAUAAUCGUGAGCUCGUCCGGAGCAAAGAGCAAAGACGUGUCCAUCGAGACGUCCGCACCAAUAUCAAGUCUAGGGGUUGUCACCCUUCCACCGCUGCGAACGUAUCCGUUCGAUGUUGUCUUCGGACCAGAAGCAGAUCAAGCUCUGAUAUAUCAUGAAGUCGUCAGCCCCAUGCUCGAAGAGGUUUUGAUGGGCUACAAUUGUACUCUAUUCGCUUAUGGUCAAACGGGGACAGGAAAGACAUAUACCAUGCAAGGCGACCUAACACCUACACCCAUGGGCAACCCAUCUGCGCACGCAGGCAUGAUACCUCGCGUGUUGUUUCGACUGUUCCAUCAACUCGAAACAUCAACCGCUGACUACAGCGUCAAGAUAUCCUACAUAGAACUGUAUAACGAAGAACUCCGAGACCUACUUGCCAACGAACCACCACCCUCCGCAGGAUCGUCCCAGACCAUGGGAGUAGCCUCGAACUCGAAGACUCCCAACGAUAUUGGCCUUAAAAUAUUCGAUGAUGCGUCCAAGCGCGGAGUAGUCAUACAGGGCUUAGAGGAGAUCAGCGUCAAAGACUCCAAAGAUGCCCUAGCUCUUCUUACCAAAGGCAGUCAGCGUCGCCAAAUUGCUGCCACCAAAUUCAACGACCACUCAUCCCGUUCACACUCGGUGUUCUCUGUCACAGUGCAUAUAAAAGAAACUUCCAGCAUGGGCGACGAUCUUCUCAAAGUUGGGAAGCUUAACUUGGUGGACUUGGCUGGAUCGGAGAAUAUUGGUCGUUCCGGCGCUGAGAAUAAACGGGCAAGAGAAGCGGGAAUGAUUAAUCAGAGCUUGCUGACCCUCGGUCGCGUCAUAAAUGCGCUUGUUGACCGUUCAUCUCAUGUGCCUUACCGCGAAUCGAAGCUUACGCGACUUCUACAAGAUUCAUUAGGUGGUAGAACGAAGACCUGCAUCAUCGCUACAAUCUCACCAGCCCGUUCCAACAUGGAAGAAACACUUUCUACAUUGGAUUAUGCUUUGCGCGCCAAAUCCAUCCGCAAUAAACCAGAAGUCAACCAAAGGAUGACUCGCAACUCACUCUUGAAAGAAUAUGUUGCGGAAAUAGAGCGACUCAAAGCAGACCUCCUGGCCGCCCGAGAGAAGAACGGCAUCUUCUUUAGCGAAGAAACCUGGGAAGAGAUGUCGAAGGAGCAGGAGAUGACUCGGACGGAGCGAGAAGAAGCGUUGAAGCAGGUAGAGGUCGUGGAAGCGCAACUACGAGCAGUCAGGGAGGAGUUUGAGCAAAGCAUCGCCUUAUUAAUGCGACGAGAUGAGGAGCUCAAGAAGACCCGGGCGAAGCUGCAUGGUACUGAGCAAGUACUACAGGUGAAAGAAGGGGAGCUCAAGGUCGUGAAAGUGGCACUGGAGGAGGAAGUUGUCGUCAGAGAAGCUUUUCAAGCCACCGAAGGUACUCUUGAUCAAGUUGCCCAUGGCCUGAAAGAUGUCGUUCAGCAAACUGUUUCUGACGUUGGAGGGUUGUUUGACAAAUUGGACCGCAAGACCAGCGUACUCAAGUCCAACACCAAGGCCGUCACUAGUCACGGACAAUUGAUAGCAUCGGCAUCCAAUGCAUUAUCCGACCAGCUGAAGAACUUUAUAUCAUCGUCGACUCAACGUAUCUCCCAACUUCAGACUGACGCAGGGCAACUAGAAAACCGUGAACUCGAACUUCUGUCCUCUUAUUCCGCUCGGAUCGAUAAACAACUCGGUCAGCUCCACAACGUUCUCGCCAGCAUUCGAGCCAAGGAUUCCGCCGAAGGGGAUGUUAUCCGCAACAUCCAGCACUCCCUGACACAUGCUAACGAGACUUUCAAAACGCAUAUAGACGGAGCGACGGAAGAAUUCCAUAGGAACUGCGAAGAUAUUUGCGGUGAAGUCCAAGCGAAGGGCAUAGCUUGUUUUUCCCAGCUGGAAAUGACGGUCCAAACUCUUGGUACUCUCUUCGACACUGUGGUACAUGAAGCACAAGAAUACGUUUCCGCGGAACGUACCAAUCUGUCCGAGCUCACUGAUCUCACGAACCAAACGAUCAAGGCCGAGUGUUCUCGUCUCCAGACACAAAACGCAAUGCUUGGGCAGAUGCUCAAGAAAGAGCAAGCCCAGACGCAGCAAGCGAAAGAAGAGCUCGUUCAACUUUUCUCCUCAAUGUUAUCCGACUUCAUAUCGAAGCGACAAACUAUUACGCAAUCAAUCGUGUCGAAAGCAAUUGAGGGGAAUGGGGUGACAAGCGAAGCAAUGGAGGCAUUUGGUACUGGAACACACGCCGUCAUUACUUCGAUGGACCGCAGAGGGAAUUCACUUGGCGGGAGUCUACGUUCGUUGGCAGCUGAAGGUCAACAAGUACGGAGCGGAACAUUGAAGGCAAGGCGAAUGCUCGGAAGGUAUGUUGUACCAACUUUGAUCGUUUUCCUCUUAUUAAUGUACUUCUCAGGCUUCGAGCAAUACUCCCGCGUAAAGAGGGCUAGACUCGACAGCACUGCCGCCAUGGGUACCGAAGUGCAGUCAACGUUCAAAACAUUACAAAGCGGACUUGCUUCUACUUCGAGGGGUCUUGGAAGUAUGCUCGGCCAAAUGUCCACUAAUCUCUCGGUCCUUGACGACAGUGUCCUCGCGUUCCACAGUGCAGCGGCUUCACAGUUCUCUUCGCAACAGAAGGCCAUCGUCGCUCUAAUCCAAGAAGGUAGUCGCGAGGAUACACCCACUGGAAGCACUCCAAGAAAACGCAAAUGGGUGUACGAUGACAGCUGGGAUCUGACGAAGAGCCGCUCAGAGAUUCUAUCCUCGUGGCGAAAGCAUGCGACUCCCGAGGCAUCCAGCGACACCUUCGUCGCGCGACAUUUGCCUAUUCCAGAGGAUGCCGACGAACCACUAGACGACGAGAUUGAAAACUCAGAACCAACCGUUAGGCUAACUGAUUUCGGUGUACCUGACCCGGAGGGUACACCCGGGCCAUCUUCUGCGAUACCUUCGCUCUCAUCAUCUGUGUCAUCAUUGCCUUCCAGCAGCACUUCCAGCCCCCCUGAACCGUUGCCCCUAAUUCGCGACAAGGCAAUCGCAGCACCCAAACAGAAUGUACCCCCAACUGGUACAUUGAUCACUUCAAGAACAUCAAAUAUAGCUACUAGAUCAAGAAGACGGCGAUAA